GGGUGAGGUUGUACAACCAUGUCCUCCCAGCCCAUCGCGCACGACGAGCUCGCAGGCCAUCUCGGCCAUCUCUCCGCCGACCAGCAGCAAGCCUUCAACGUCUUCAAGAGUAUACUCCACGCCGCCAACCUCUACACCCCCUCCGCUCACACCGACAACGGCCCCAAACCUGCAUCCCAUGAUGAGCCCACCCUCCUCCGCUUUCUCCGCGCGCGUCGCUUCGACCCGAACAAGGCCCUGAAGCAAUUCCAGGACGCCGAGGCCUGGCGCACCCGCCACGCCGUCAAUGCCCUCUACGCGUCCUUCGACCCCGUCGAGUUCGAGGACGCGCGGCGCUUCUACCCCCGCUGGACCGGCCGCCGCGACAAGACAGGCCGCCCGCUCUACGUCUACCGCCUCGCGUCCAUCGGACCCCUCAAGCGUGAGCUCGAGGCCGUCCCGCCCGAGCGCCGCUACCAGCGCAUUGUCGCGCUAUACGAAACCAUGACGCGCUUCGUGCUCAACAUGUGCUCCGCGCUCCCGCAUCCUAAUGCGUCGACACCCAUCUCUUCUGUGACGACGAUCAUUGACCUUGGGGAUGUCUCGCUGGGCACACUUUGGGGACUCCGUGGGCAUCUCCAGGAGGCCUCCGGACUAGCGACGGCCAAUUACCCCGAGACGCUGCAUACGAUCGCGGUCGUCAACUCGCCAUCGUUCUUCCCGACCGUCUGGGGCUGGGUCAAGGGCUGGUUCGAUGAGGGCACUCAGCGCAAGGUCCAUGUCCUUGGCAAGGACCCAGGUCCCACGCUUCGCACUCUCGUCGACGCGAAGAACCUCCCAAGGCCAUACGGCGGCGAGCUCGAAUGGAAGUUCGAGGACGAGCCUGCGCUUGAUGAUGACGCCAAGCAGCUCAUCGGUGAGAUGCCCAAGGGGCCUCAUAUCUUCGAGGAUGGCCAGGUUAAGAGGCCGCCCAUGCUUGCGGAACCCGCUUCAAACCAGUAGAGGGCUGGGUUAUGCUAUUUGUAUGGUAUUCGACAGAAAUGCGUACAUUAUGAUCGAGCC